AUGGCCAAACUUCAACAACUCUCCUUCCUGAUGUGCGCAGUGGUGCAUCUCGUUGCCGGUGUUCCCUUCUUGAAAGCCUCCAAUUCAGGUGGUACUGGGAGGGUGGACACGCACAUUCACGCGAUACCCUUAUCUUAUUCCAAGGUGCUGGUCGCCGCAGGCCUAACCGAUAUCCCAACAUGGUCUCUAUCGGCCACUAAGAGCUUCUUGCAAGAGACCGGGGCCUCGAUAGGCAUCCUGUCGAUUUCCGCACCUGGAGUCUCGGUCGUGGGCGUGGGCGACGAGGCGAGAAGUCUGGCGCGCAGCUUAAAUGUCGAGAUGGCAUCCUAUCUGUCCGAUAAGAACUCGACCGCGGCCAAGCUCGGCUUCUUCGGGACCCUCCCAGACUGGCAGGACGUCGAGGGCACGCUCGCCGAGCUCGAUUACCUCUACACCGAGCAGAAGCUGUGCAACGGCGUCGCCAUCUUCACAACGUAUGGCGGGAAGCUCCUCGGCGAUCCCGCGUACGCACCCAUCUGGGCUCGGCUGCAGAAGUACAAGGCCCUGAUCUUCAUCCACCCCGCUGGGUUAGAUGUCGUACCGCAACUUAUCGGCCCAGGCCUGCCCCAAUACGUGAUCGACUUCCUCUGGACCACCACCCGCACCGCGACGGACCUCGUCAUGACCGGGACUCUGUCCGCAGCGCCCGACGUCGACGUGAUUCUCGCCCACGCUGGCGGCGCGCUCCCCUACGCGGGAACCCGUGCUAUCGCAUCCCUCCUCGCGCCCUCGGUCGCGGAUCUCGUGCCCAUCGACAUCGCCGAGGCGCAGAGGCAGUUCGGCCGCUUCUACUACGACACGGCGCUCAGCACCAGCACGGCGCAGCUCGACGGCAUGCUGGAUUUCGCCGGAGCAGCGCAAGUCGGCUUCGGCUCCGACUUUCCGUACGCGCCGACUCAGGUCGUCGACCGGGUCGCGGAUGCCCUGAAGCAAUUCCAGCUCCUGAAUCCGCGAGGGCCGCUGUUGGCGAAUCCCGUCUUGCGACGUAACUCGCUAAAGCUGCUGAACAAGCAUUCGCUUGGACGCUUGUUUAGGUGA